AUGCCCUCAAAAGUCCCAGAGGACGAAUCCAUGGUCGAUGCGCAACCACUUGAAGACCAAGAAGUUGAUGUAGAGCAGCAAGAAGAUGUUGAGGAUGAAGAGGACGAAGAAGAUGAAUAUAUAGCCAAUGAUCAGCAAAGAAUAACCAUUCUUCCUGGCGCCGUUGAGACAGCUGCCUCGUUCCAGUUCGAAGGCGAAGAUCAUACUCUUGGGAAUGCGCUACGAUACGUCAUUAUGAAAAAUCCCGACGUUGAAUUUUGCGGAUACACGAUGCCCCAUCCUUCAGAAGCUAAGAUGAACUUGAGAAUCCAGACUUAUGACUCGACCAAUGUAUUCACAGUUCUAGAGAAGGGACUUAGCGACUUGAUGGAUCUAUGUGAUGUUGUUACAGAAAAGUUUACCUUUUCAAGGGAUGCCUUCGAAGCUAGCAAGAUGCAGCAAUGA